AUGGCCGCUGGCACGGCUGCGGCGCUGGUACCUAUCAAGUCUAUCACGAUGAGGUCGAGGAACGACAAAUUUAUAUAUCAAGGCGGAAGCGAUAAGCCUGGACCGGCGUGUGAGAAGCUCCUGACUACACUGAAGUCAAUACAACAAGGCAAGAUAAAGGACCCCUUCGGUUGGCUGGACUACGUGAAAGAACCUAAAGGGUUCCCGAGCAUCAAUGGAGCGUCAACGGACGGCGUGAACGGCGUGGACGGUAGUAUAGACGAGCUACCUUAG